GUUGUUGCUUAUUCGUGAGCCGGUUAGAUUCUCUGGGGCAGGUCACCAUCCCAGUGGUCUGGGCAGAGAAUAACGCUGCAAUAUGGUGUCUUUCCCGGCAGGAGGCUUCGGCCUGUCAUGGGGGAGAGCGGAGGAUGAGCCCAGUGCCCCUGUCUGCAGUGUCGCCAGGCUGUUGUCACGCGGUGCAGGCUGACCCCAUUCCAACCUGCCACUGGCACUGAGAGGAAGGAUGAACGUCUCUGGGGAUGCAGGGGGCUCCUCGAGGCUCCUCAUCUUCUGGCUCUCAGGCCCACUCUCAGUCUUCAUCAUCCUGGCCAACCUCUUCAUCAUCCUCGGAAUCCUCUGCAACCGGAAGCUGCCCGGGGUCGCCAGCUGGUUCUUUCUCAGCCUGCUGUUUGCCGAUCUCCUGGCCGGGGUGGCCCUGCCCUUCAUCCCCUGGAUGCAGUUUGAGAAUAGACGGGGCUACCACAGCUGCUUCUUCACCCACGUGGCCCCCAACUACUUCUUCCUUGCCUUCCUGGCCAACCUGCUGGCGGUGCACUACGAGAAGUACCUGUGCAUCAGCUACCCGCUGCACUACCGCCGCUUCUGGGUGCACCGCUGGGUGCCCCUCUGCCUGCUGCUGACCUGGACGCUGCCUUUGCUCUUUGCCUGUCUGCCGGUGCUGGGGUGGAACCAGUGGGGACCCAGCUCCAACUGCUCCUACAAACAGAUCUUCCCCACUGCCUACCUCUACCUGGAGAUCUACGGCUUCCUCAUCCCCUCCAUCCUGGCCAUGGCCUUCAUGUCCACCCAGGUGCUGCGGGUGGCCAGGCACCAGCUGCAGGAGAUCAAGAAGGUGCUGCGCUCCGUGCACCAAGGCCAGGGUCCCUCGGAGCUGGAGAAGCAGCUGGAGCUGAGGCAUGCCAAGUGCAUCGCCAGCCUCUCCCUGAUCUUCCUGGCAUGCUGGGUGCCCUACGUGGCCAGCCUGCACGUCUCAGUGCUGGCCAUCCAGAACCACAACUCCAUCGACAGCUACACCGUCCUCAUCCUCACCUGCGUGGGCAGCGGCAGCGCCGCCGUGGUGCCCAUCAUCCUUGGGCUCAGCAACCGCCAGUACACCCAAUUCUGGAGGGACAUGGUGGCCAAGGCCUGCGCUGGCUGCAGGGUGUGGUGCUGUGAGCGAGGGGAGGCCAGAGGCCACCAGGGUGGGACGUCACAGGGCAGGGCCCCUUGUCCUCAGGAAGAAGGUGUGGCUCCAGCUCCCAGCUGAUGCCCUUGCCCCUGCAACAGAGACACCAAACCUGCAACCGUGGCCUCUUGCCACAACAAGACAAGGCUGGGAUUUGCAGCAGCUGAGGGAUCAACUUGGACUUUCCGGAGGAAUCCAGUGAUUUACUGGGCCGUUAUAUUUUAAUGACCGAGGCGGGCGGAUAACCUCAUCCUCCCUCGCCCACACACGGCUGCUGGGCUGGUCACUGCUGGUUUCUGCACUUUGGUUGAUCUAAAGAACAAGUGUGGAUCUCAUGCCCUGUCCAAUCAGAUUUCGGUAUGUUUGUUUUUCAAAGCAGGCCGUCGAUUCCAUGAAUGAUCUCGGCUUCUGAGUGGCCGAUUCCUCACUACACGAUCCACCCUCCUGCAGCCUGAUUGGCUGGGGUGGCUUCCAUCUGGUGUGCUUCCAUCCCACGACGAUGCUCAUCAAUUCUAUUUGUCCCCCGAGGGUAAGACCUGAGUUUCUGGGCUGGUGUGGGACCCGAUCCUGCCAGGGUGUAGAGGAUGCCCUGACCUCUCAGGGUCGGGGCCGCCUGAAUUCUCAGAUCCUUUGUGGAGGUUAACCCCAUGGUGAAUGUGUGUUGUCGCUGCACCCCUUGAGUGCAGACUACAGGGCGAGGUCUGAGUCCCUCUAUUCUUGCUGGGAGUUCCUGGCACCCCAGUACCCUCCCUGAUGCAGCUUUAAGAGACUCCCUGCCCCCAAGUGCGAUCAGACUUAGAUGAAAGCACCCCCUAAAUAGUGGGGUUACUGCUGCUUGGGUCCCAAAUCGGACUAGGGCCCGGCACCCCCAUGGGCAGGGCCGGCGCUUCCAUUUAGUCGACCGCAGGGCACCAGG